AUUUUUUCGCUCAAAUACAAUAGAAUACCCAAAACAUAUGAGCUCAAGUAAGCGACUUGCAACAACAAGUAAUAAAGACAAUUCAGCUGUAAUUUGCUUUAUUGCUGGCGUUACUGCUGUCCUUAUGGGAUAUUCUGUGUAUUCUCAUUUGAAAACUUUACAUGAACGCAACACUUUACCGAAAAAAACCACCAAUAAAACUGGAGCGAAACUUGAAGAUUCUAUACCCUUAAAGUCUUUAGCUUACCUGACACAAUCCCAUAAUGUCAACAUUCAAAGCAGCUCCAUCAAGAUUAUAUUAGAAAGAGCAAUGUCAGGAAUGUAUCUACCCAAAAUCAUCGCUGCGUGUGAUAAAAAUCAGUCUAUAGAAAUAAAAUCAAAGGCAUUACCAUCACUCCAGUUGUUAACCAGAAAAGAGAACAAUAAAGCUGCAUUAUUAGAGGCAGGAGCAUUAGGUGUUUUAGUGGACGCUUUAAAAUGUACGGAUCCGGAUAUGAAGGAGGUAACACAGCGUUAUGUCGCUGUUGCCAUUUGUGAUCUGAUACAAGGAAGUGAUAUAAAUAAAUAUUGCAUAUUAGAGUUGGGUGUGUUAGAUCCCAUUAAACGCAUCCUAACAUCUGAUGAGAUCCGAAACAACGAAUUGAAAUACUGGACCUUGAUGAUUUUGUACCAAAUAUCUCUUAGCGAUCCACUCCCAAAAGUAUUAAUCGAAAAUGGAUUUGUCAGCUUACUAGCAAGAAUGGCUCGUAUGACUUACGGAAACACGAAUAUGCCAAAAUUCUGUAUGCAAAGCUUGGUGCGAAUUGCUGCUAAUGUAGACGUAUCGGAGGCCAAAAAAGUGUUGACAGAAUUAUUGGAAUACGAUAUUGUUGAUUUGAUAUCUAAUUGUUUGAGAGGAGAUGAUGUAGAGUUAAUUUACUGGGCUGCUGGAUUGAUGCAUGAAUUCGUUUUGAAAGAUGUCGCUGCUGACAAGUUUAGAGAAAUUAAAGGAAUACACGUUAUUUUGGCAGGAUUGUUAUCGGCAGAAGAAAUGUAUAUAUCCCGUGUUAUCUUAAGGACGAUCAAAUUUAUGGCUUAUGGCCAAGAUAAGUUUCGUCACGAAAUGGUCAGGUCGGGUAUGGUAAAGAAAAUUAUGCAUUGUUUGUCAUUAGACGACGAGGAUGUAAGAUAUUGGGCUAUUCUCUGCAUCCAUGUUGUGGCAGGCCAGGUGGAAUCCCACGAAGAUAUUCUUACUGCUCAGGAGUUUGAAAUUUUGCUUGAAUUGGCAUUGUCAACAAAGAUCAAGGUGGCAAUAUUUGUAUCCGAUAUUUUAUCUCUCAUUUGCUGCAUUUCAAGCAACAAUACAUUCAUAGAACCGAAUUUGAAUUUGAUUGUAAAAACGUUAAACUCUCUAUUGAUAGAAGGAGAACUUGAUGUUCAAUACAAUGCUGCGGGUGCUAUAUUUAACAUAAUGACUAUGACAUUUGCUUUUGCUAGCAAGGUUCGAGAUACAUGCUUUGAGACUCUUCUUCUUAUGUCAACAUCUGCAACCCAUGAGCGGGUUCAACUGACAUGCACAAAAGGCGCUCUAAUGGUUGUCAUUAAAAAUCGAUUUCUUGUCCCUCAAAUAAACGAUCAGGCAACUGAGCCGCUUAUGGAAACAAUCAACACACUCUCUGGUUUAAUUUUACCCAUCAUGAUGACACAAACAAUUGCCCGAGCUACCAAAAAGGAAUUACGGAAAACCAAAGCAUCGUUUAACGGGAGCUCAUAUUCAAAUGUAGAGGAUCGAGAAGUUGCCGAUCUGCCUGUUUUAGGUAUUGUCAGUUUAGAGGAAGAAGAGACCGACGAAGGAGAGAUGGACAGACUGCUUCUUGCGCCCGAUUAUAUUGAUGUUAGUGAGCAGGGUACAAUUUCAAAUGCUUCCAGGUUAGAUCGUGUACUCAAAGACCGUGAGAGAUCCAAAUAUAAAAAGAACAAACAGAGUAGCAAGGAAAGAAUGGAUGCAAUGACCCGUGAUGAUAUAUCUUACCUGUUUAAUCCGGAUAUGUCUAAUGCCGAACGGGAGUCUCUUUUUCUGAAGUUUGAAGUACCCGAAUCAGCCCGCAACCAGAUUUCAGGUGCUUUGACAGCAUUGACUGUCCUAAUGGAGAACGAGCAGAUAACAGAUAGCAUUAUCUCUGGAGAAUCGUACAGAAACCCUAUUUUGAACGUACUGGAUGACAUUGUGUUUGAUAUUGAUGAUAUUGAUAACUCGAUAUAUAAUAGAGGAAGAACAAAGGGUCGUCAUGGUAUAAGUUCCGCCCUAGGCAGCACUAGGAGUAACUUGAUCACAACUGGUAUGACUUCUGAUGUAAUUGGUUUGAGGCUAUCCGAACGUAUUCGAAGUUUGGUUCAUCAUUUGGUAUGUAUAGCACUGUAUCCAGCUUUAGUACCAUGGGCUUCCGAAAACUAUCAGAACUACCCUAUAAAUACCUUGGCUGAGUCUAAGGCCACUGAAAUUUACGCAGACGUUAUCGAAUGGAUUUGUGAAUUUUCAAAAUUGCCUAGCCAUGACAAAGUUCCUGCCAACAGUACCAAUGUAAAUCUUGGAGAAAAGCAGGGAAAGUCAAUGUUUUAUAAAUCAAUGCAGACCACCAAUGAAAGUGAAUAUGAUAAGAGAUCUCAACACAGAUUCAGCAGUCGCCGCCAUAGUGAUUCAAGUAGUGACUCAGAGGACGAUUUUGAUUCUGAUGAAGGCAACGAGCUAGUUUCUGUAUAUCCAAUGGAGUCAAAAGGGGAUGUGCCUUCCACAGACACAGAUGGAAAGAAUGAGUAUUCAAACGCGGAUGAUGUUUCAAUAGUAGCAUCUACAUCUGAAUACUACCUAGGAUUUUCAAGUCGGGCCUUGAUGCUACUGAAUUCACUCUUAAAAUACGCCUCUGUAAAGCAAUAUCUGGUUCAAAAGUUUCAUUUCAUUUCGAUUUUGACAUACCUACUUGAAAGUCAAAGUAGUCUGACGGACCGUGUUAUGAUAUGUUUGGGUGGAUUGUUUACUGGCGAACAUUCCAUUCCGAUCCCCAAAUCCUUAUUCCAGGUUGUUUCUAUUUUGCUCUGGCGUAAUAUGCAUGAUUCUGUUAUGAAAAAAAAGCAAUCCAACCUUUUUUACAGCCGUCUCGUGCUAAGCUAUUGCAGCCAACAUGUCACUUCGGAUCCUGAGCAUAAUUCGCCCACAAACAACUUUGCAUUCAUAGAACUUGACCUUGUAUCACGCUCAAAGUAUUGUAUCAUCAAUCAUGAAAAUAAUCUUCAAGUACGAAAUGAUACUUGGACAUUUGAAACCGUUAGAGCUACACAUUGUGUACCGCCAGUUGCUGAAAGAAACGACAAUGAGGAUGAGGAAGAUUGCGUGUUACACAAAUAUGCAUAUGAGGUCAAAUUGGAAUCUGAUGGAUUAAUGCAAAUUGGUUGGGUGAAUGACAAUUUUGAAUUUGAUGCCGAGGGAGGUAACGGUGUUGGAGAUGAUACUCAUUCUUAUGGGUACGAUGGGAAUCGCUCAAAGAAGUGGCAUGGAAAAUAUUGCAGUAUGAGAACAUCGUAUGGAUUAAAGUGGGCAGAAGGUGAUAUCAUUACCUGCGCUAUUGAUAUGGAUGUAGGAGAAAUCAGAUAUUACAAAAAUGGGGAGGAUAUGGGUGUUGCAUUCUACGGAGUUUUGGUAUCUUGUGCAUGGUACCCAGCUAUAUCAUUGUCCACCGGAGAACAAUGUAAAUUUCAAUUCGGCGGUGCGAUUGAUCCAUUAAGAUAUUUGCCAGAGGGUUAUACACCUAUUUCGGCGUUAGCAUUAAAUGAGUCUGUUUAUGUAAAGCUACCACCUCCACAUUUUACAAAAGCAUCGACGACUAAUGAAUCCGAAGAAAGUGAUAUUGCCGAACUUGCAAACGCCAUGGAAAAUAUGUCUGUACAUUCACCUGUUAUUCCUGACGAAGACAGUGGAAAUGCAGAACCUAAUCUUAGACCAGUGGAUGGGGGAUUAUCUGUAAAACCCAAAGUUUUCUCUGAACAUAUGUCAGACAAAGAUAGACAUUUCCUUAAACAGCAAUCCCAAAAUUCUUCUCUUUUUGUAACGGAAUUAGACCCUCGUGAACAGCGCUACCUCCCGUCUCUCUAUUUUGAAGUUAAAAUUGAACUAUUACAGAAAGAAGCCGAAUUAUCCCCAUCAGAAAACUUGGUGUCAUUUGGAUUCAAAAGUCUAUCUCUGGAUGGUUCUUUCCAUUUCUUAUAUGAUCGACAGAAAAAAUGCUGUACCUUAAUCAUGGACUUCCACCAUUCAGAGACAUUUCCAGUCACCAUAAAAAAUGGCGAUACCGUUGGCGUUAUCUAUAUUAACGAGACCAACACCAUAGGGAUGACGUGGAAUGGAAAAAUCAAAGCACUCGUAUAUCGAGAUAAAGGUUUGAAAUCCGUUCCGUAUCUCCCGUUUAUUACAGGUUAUGUGAGAAGCGAAAUAAAUUAUGGUGAGGAACCCCUUGCUUGGAAGUCAGCUGAUAGUGCAUCCAGCAAACAACAUGUUUACAAUUAUCUUCGUAAAAUUCUUGGCAAUCGAACAAUGGAAAAAGCAUUAUAAAAUAUGCAAAAAAUGGUCUUGUCUAAAAGAAGAUUUUGUUUCUGUCAUGUAAAAAUAAAACUUAACCUUAAUGUUCUACCUUUCUUUUA